UUAACUUAAACUAGACCCAACUUUCUUCAAAAAAAAAAAACUAGACCCAACUAGAACCAAAAACUAACCCAUGCGCCUCGGCUUGGCACAGCGAGCGACGCUCUUAUUUCUCAGUUCCCGCGUCUAAAAGAGCGUGUAUUACAGAGAUCACCACCGCACCGACAACACGCAUCGGUUCUCCGCCAAUUCCUACCCGGGCUCACUUGUAUCCCCACUUUCUCCGACGCUCUUUAAACCUAGCUGCUAGCUCACCCAACUUGUUCGUUCAGGAUUUCUGCAUUUGAUUUCGAUCUCCUUGAAUUCUGCGCGAAAUUGCACAAUCGAAAGUAUGAGAAGGACUGGAGAAAUGGGACAACGAAGACGGCAACUGAAACAGUGGAGUGGAGGAAUGAAGGGAAUGGUAGGGAAGCUUGCAGUUGCCGCAUUUGUCCUUGUUUUUUGCAGUUUCUCUCUCUUUUCUUCGAGGUCCACAAUCCGAUCUACCACUAAAACUGAGGUCAAUGUGGAGAAACUUUGGCAAACUGCGCCUUCUGAUGGCUGGAGGCCGUCUUCUUCACCUCGUUCUGAUUGGUCUCCACCUCCGACUCACACUAAUGGUUACCUGCGUGUUCGAUGCAAUGGUGGCCUGAAUCAGCAGAGGAGUGCAAUUUGUAAUGCUGUUCUUGCUGCUCGAAUCAUGAAUGCCACACUAGUAUUACCUGAGCUGGAUGCCAAUUCUUUUUGGCAUGAUGACAGUGGGUUUCAAGGCAUCUAUGAUGUGGAGCAUUUCAUCAGGACAUUGAGGUAUGAUGUGAAUAUUGUAGAGAGCAUUCCAGAGAUUCGUAAAAACGGAAAAACAAAAAAAGUAAAAGCCUAUCAGAUGCGCCCUGAGAGAGAUGCUCCCAUCAGUUGGUAUACAAAUGUUGCUUUGGAGAAGAUGAAGGAGCAUGGUGCUAUCUAUCUCACUCCCUUUUCUCAUCGUCUAGCUGAGGAAAUUGAUAAUCCUGAAUACCAGAGGUUAAGGUGUAGAGUCAAUUAUCAUGCCCUGAGAUUUAAGCCGCAUAUAAUGGAGUUAAGCCAUGCAAUUGUGAAUAGAUUACGUGCACAAGGUCGCUUCAUGGCAAUACAUCUUCGUUUUGAGAUGGAUAUGCUGGCAUUUGCUGGGUGUUUUGAUAUAUUUACCCCCAAGGAGCAAAAAGUAUUGAGAGAUUAUCGGGAAAAGAACUUUGCCCCCAAAAAACUAGUCUAUGAUGAGAGACGAGCUAUUGGAAAAUGUCCGUUGACUCCAGAAGAGGUUGGCCUUAUCCUACGUGCUUUGGGCUUUGAUAAUUCUACCAGGAUCUACCUUGCAGCUGGCGACCUUUUUGGUGGUGAACGUUUCAUGAAACCUUUUCGGUCCCUUUUCCCGCAUCUUGAAAACCAUAGUACUGUUGAUACAUCAGGACAGCUGGGAAAGAACACAAGGGGUUUGCUGGGCUCAGCUGUGGACUACAUGGUUUGCCUCCUUGCAGAUAUUUUCAUGACCACCUAUGAUGGCCCAAGCAAUUUUGCUAACAAUCUCCUAGGGCACCGCCUUUACUAUGGCUUUCGAACUAUAAUCAGGCCGGACAGAAAAGCUCUUGCCCCAAUUUUCAUUGACCGAGAAAAGGGGCACUUUGCUGGUUUUGAAGAAGCUGUGAGGAGUGUAAUGUCAAAGACAAGCUUUGGUGGUCCCCAUAAGCGUAUAUCACCUGAAUCAUUCUACACCAAUUCAUGGCCUGAAUGCUUCUGUCAAAUGUCAGCGAAAAAUCCUGCUCAUAAAUGCCCGCCAGAAGACACUAUGGAAAAAUUACAUAGCCGAUUAGAAAGUGAGGUUUUCGGUAAUCUUUCUGCAAUGGAGUCAAACAUAACUGAUUCUGGAUCUUGGAGUUAAAGAAAUCUUUGAUUUUGACAUCUGAGGUCAUAUAACUCUGUGACAUCUACUAAAUUCUGAGAGGAAUAACAUCGUAGGCAGCUUUUCAUUCUAUCACGUUAUUAGUGCCGCAAGGAACAUGGAGAUCCAAUUCAGAUGCAUUGAGCAGGGUGAACGUUUGCAACAUGGAGCAGUUGAAAAUGAUCAUCCCGGAGUGUAUGGAAAAAAUAGGGAAUUAUUUGAUUAGAUUUAGAAUGUGCAAGCAAAUUUGUCAAACUCAAGCGUAAUUUUGUUUUGUAUAGUAGCAAGCAGAAUGGCCAUAGGGCGAAAGGGUUUUGUGGAUCAUCGUCAUUCAUCGGGAAGUAUAGUCUCGAGUGUUUCAUUAUAUUCUUUUCUGAAAUCAGCACAGAUGGGAUUAAUUAUAGAACUUAUUGCUAAGUUGCUA